AUGGUUUUGCAGAUGGCGAGUUUCACAGAUCCAAAACAAGCGUGGAAUGGUUUGAAGACACGGUAUUUGGGUGUGGAUCGGGUAAGGACCGUUCGGGUUGCAACCUUGAAGAGGGAGCUUGAAGGUUUGCGCAUGAAGGAUGAUGAAACGGUUGAUGAUUUUGUGACAAAAUUAUCAGGUUUAGCCUCAAAAGCAAAAAGUCUUGGAUAUGAGCUUGAAGAAGGCGAUCUAGUUGGUAGAUUAAAGGUGUACGAAGAGCGUAUAAGAGGAACCGAGAAAGUGGAGGACACUCAAGGUGGGUUAUUGGCUAGUGAGGAAAAAUCACAUACGGUGACACAAAAGGCUGUUCGGAAAACCUUCAAGAUCACAGCUCAUCUAGCCAACCUUCUUCCCACAGGCACUGUUCUCACGUUCCAGAUCCUUGCUCCAGUUUUCACCCAUGAAGGCAAAUGUCGGACCCAAUUUAACCAGAUUUUAACGUUGAUCCUCCUUUUUCUUUGUGGAAUCUCUUGCUUUGUGUUGAGCUUUAGUGAUAGCUUUCGUGAUAAGAAUGGGAAGGUUUUCUAUGGGGUGGCGACCUCGUCAGGUUUCUGGGUUAUUGAUGGAUUGACUAAGGUUCCACGAGAGAUGACGAGUGAGUAUAAGAUGCGGUUUAUUGAUGUUUUUCAUGGGUUUUUGUCGUUGGUAGUUUUUGUGGCAGUAGCAGGUGUCGACAAGAAUGUAGUCAACUGCUUCUAUCCUAAACCAUCGGAAGUGAUGGAGGAGAUUUUGUCGACAUUACCAAUUGGUGUCGGAGUGGUAUGCAGCCUCUUGUUUGCUGCGUUUCCUACAACUCGACAUGGAAUUGGUUUUCCACUCUCAAAAAAGUAG